GCUCUUGUACUCUACGCCAUGUCCACGAGACGGCUUCUCUGCGUCCCGUCUCGAACGCGACUUGAUCUGGCUGGGCUCUCACAGAGUCUACGACCGCCUCGAGAAAGACCUGGCGGCAGCCCUGCGUCGAAGCUGCGACGAUGCUGGGCGCUGCUUCGUCGAGGCGAGCGGAGAGGUCGACGACAUAGACGAGGGGCGAGAGCAGCUAAUCUGGUGGCACAAUCCACUUCGAGUGCUCCGGGCCCCUUUGGCGCAGUUUGCUGCCCUUCGCGCUGCUGCGUCAGUGGCGCCCGCUCCGGUGCUCUGGAACGGACAAGACACGGAUAACAUCUUCCACCUGCUGGUAUCUUUCGUCAGUCGCCUCUGGCUCUACUGCCUUGAACAUGCACCCGAUGCCCUGCAACCACCGACCGACGGUGCGGGUGGAUCCCGUGCUGUGCUGAUAUAUGUGUUCGACCUCCAUGCUGGAAGGCCCCAUCUCCUCGGCCCCGACGGCCGCUUCCGCAUCCCUGGCCCUUGGGCCGCCGAGCUGGCGCGCCUAGCCUUUCCUGGCAUCCGCUUCCUCCACGCGAGGGAACUCCUCGCAGCUCUCGGCGGCGGGCCCACCCUCUUCCCACAGAUUCACUUCAACAUGGUCAACUGGGGAAGCUGGGUGUUACCCUCGGAGGAUUUACAUCCUCCACGGCUGGCACGCACCCUGAUUGGGCCUCACCCAGAUCUUCGAAAGCUUCCCUCAGUGGUGAUCAGAGCCCUUGGGCUCUCUCGACCAUCUCGCCUCUCAGUGCUCCUGGUGCAGCGACUGCCUCCAGCAGGACGCCGCCUGGCCAAUGAAGCUCUUCUGCUGGAAGGCUUGGAUGCCCUCGGCGUGCCAGCACAAGCCGUGGACCUGAGCUUGAUGACUUUUGCAAAGCAGAUCGAGGCAGUCCAUCAUGCUUCUGUCCUGCUAGGCGUGCACGGACAAGGCCUUUUCAACCUCAUUUUCCUACCUGCCGGCGCUGCCGUCGUGGAGGUCCAGCCCUGUGGGGUGGCGAUGUCAUUGACCUUCAACGUGGCGGAGCUCUUCGGCGUACGCUUCGCUGAAAUUCU